UCCUCUGGGCUGCAGCUCCUCGAAACCACAGAAAUGGCAACUACGCAAUCUAUCUUCACAUUUGCUCUCUGCAUUUUGAUGAUAACUGAGCUAAUACUGGCUACAGAGAGCUAUUACGAUAUUUUAGGAGUUCCAAAAAAUGCAUCUGACCGCCAGAUCAAGAAGGCAUUUCACAAACUGGCGAUGAAAUAUCACCCAGAUAAAAAUAAGAGUCCUGGUGCGGAAGCAAAAUUUAGAGAAAUUGCUGAAGCUUAUGAAACAUUAUCAGAUGAGAAUAAACGAAGAGAAUAUGAUCAAUUUGGCCGUCACGGAGGACAAGGAAAUAAUGGAAGCCCGUUUCAUCAGUCGUCAUUUAACUUCAACUUCGAUGAUCUGUUCAAAGACUAUGACCUCUUCAGUCAAUACUCACGGUCGAAAAAGCACUUUGAAAAUCACUUCCGAAGUCAUCGGGAAGCUCACAAUCGGCAAAGACGUUCUUUCCAGGAGUUCUCCUUUGGAGGUGGACUCUUUGAUGAUGUGUUUGAAAAUAUGGAAAAGAUGUUUUCUUUUAGUGACUUUGAGAAUGCACACCGACAUGCAGUGCGAACUGAUAACAGGUUCCAUGGAUCCAGCAAGCACUGCAGGACUGUCACUCAGAGGCGAGGAAACAUGGUUACUACAUACACAGACUGUUCUGGGCAAUAAUGUUUCCUUUCUUUUCAUCUCUUCUUUCAAUGCCUCCAUAAUUCUCCUUGGUUGUGUGCUAAUAUGGAAAGAGAUCUUUGAACUGUGUGUUCUUAAAAACACUUAACUGCUAUAAAGAAAUUAUAGAUGGAACUAAUUCUCAGAAUAGAAACAACAUGCAAUUAAGAGCUAAACGCCUCAGUAACUACUUAAAAGAGGAGAUAAAUAAUCUUGCAACAGAAGAAAUUUUGUAUUUCAAUUUAGUAAGCACUCAGUAAAUUCAUCAUAUAUUUUUUUUAAUUUUAGAAAUAUAAUAUAAUUCUUCUAUGCCAAUUCAGGAAUGUUUGAGUUACUGGUGCAUGGAUUUCUAGCAGUGGUGAUACUUUAUUCUGAAGUGCUGCUUUUUUUUAUUAUGCCUUUCAGAUUUUCGCUAGUGGUUUUUACUGAAUAUGGACUUAGUCCACAAGUUCAACAAUUUGCACAAAAUAGCAGCGGAAAUAAAACUGUCUUUGCUACUUUGUCCAGCAUUGCAAAUCUGUUAGAAACAAAGCAUGUAUGUUCCAACUUAAAAGCAAACAAAAAAAUAAAUACGUUAAGAUUGUUCAUCACCUAGGAGAGUGAUGUAGAUUGAGGAUGUGAAUAACCCUUCACUUGCUUAAGGGCUAUUGAUGUAUGCAAGUUUGUGUAUGCACAUAGUGUGUUUCCUACUCCACCUCUCCAAAACACAAAUAUCUCUUAAGAUUCAGAAGAGCAUAUUGAAUACAGUCUUGCUUCUCAUAUUAUCAUGUGUGCACUGUAGUUGCCAUAGUUCCAUUUGUUGAACUUAAGUUCUCCUUUGUGCUUUGGCAAACUUAAACAAAUAAGCUUACUUUCAGAUUCCUAGUGUUUCUGGAACAGUCUAAAUAAGAAAUAGAUUGCGUUUGGAUAUAUUUAUUACCUGUCAGCAGAGAUUAUUCAGCUUUGCGAUUUGAAUGGUAAACUCUUGGCAUAAAGGAAUAGUAAAACUGGAAGUUACAGUUCCCAUAUUCACCUAAUACUUUGUGGUGCUGGCGUCUGAUAACAAGCAGGUUAAUAGGUAACAACUUCAGUGCUAUGGAAAUCUGUAACCAGUAUAAACUCCUUAAAAAAAACACAAAACUCUUAAUAUAUAUAUAUAUUAACUUCAGUUUACCUUUCAAAUGGAUUGCAUGAGCAAAAUAAGCAUUUUUGAACAGCAGUGUUAUAAGUAGGCUUUGAAUUUAAGAUCUUUAUCAGAAAGGUUUAACUCUUUGCUUCUUGAACUGAUACUGAAAGCUGACUAUUUGCUAAGUAAUGUUAACCUUUCCCGCGAGGAUGCGUAUUAUCACUUGUUCUGUUUUCAUUCACUAAAUACUUGGAAUGGAUUAUUGCAUUAUAUUAAGUGCUUUUCCAUAUUUUUCUUUAUUUAUUAAUGGACUAAUACCUCAUACAUGGUCUUUAUAAAAAGCCAGUAAUUUGUGCAACAUUGUUGGAAUGUGCAAUAUUACAGUAGGAAAAAUGCUGGGGUGUAUGUGAAUGUCUGUUAUUUCCACUCUCUUUCUGUGCAAAUAGAUGUUUUAGUUUCCUCUGUGUAAUUAAUAUGAUUGAACUGAAAAUUGUAAUUCAUGUAGAUUUCUGACUCCAUCAGUCCUACACAUGAGUCAGUUUGUCUGAUUCGUACUACAUGGACACGAGAAUGAACAAAUUACUACCUUAAAGACCUGAAUUACUUUCUCACAGAUACCUGUUUUUUUGUUUGUUCUUUUUGGUCACAUGAAUAAAAGACACACGAGUUCUCUUAAUUAUGUGUCAUGGAAAAACAAAUAAAUACAUCCUGUAAUUCCUAUAGCUUCUAAAAUUGACCUUUUUGCUUGCUUUGAUCAUAAAAGUUAACAUCCAAAGGAGAACUUUACAGUUAGGACAGAAGCUCCCAGUGUUUAUCUAUCUGUAUAGCUUUCUGUGGUGGAUAUGUUUUAAGUACACUCUAACUGAAGAGAUUCAGGCAGGCUUUCCUCAGGCAGCAGUCUUCAGUUUGUGGCUAUCGGAGCGCAAGCUUGCAGAAUAUGUUGUGCAUCUCACUUGGAGCUCUUGCACAUUCUUUUCCUAUUUAUAGUGUUUGCUUCAUGGUAGCCUUGUUAACGGAAGUCCUCAUAUAACCUUCAGAAGUUUGAAGUGAUUGAUUCUUGUCAUCUUUGAUAUCUUGUGAAAAGACCCAGCUAAAACUAUUUUUUUAGUAUAAGAGUGAAAAGUACAAAUCGUAAUUCUUAAGAAGGCGUUUAUGCAUAUGCACCUCUGAAUAGUUGAGUUCUUAAAACUUUAAAGAUAACUAGUAUUUUGUUCACUUUUUUCCCAUUAUAAUUUUGAAACACAGUAUCUAGUGGAGACAAGAAGUACUGUAAACUUGAUUAGGGUGCCCUUACAUUAAAUGUGUGAAAAUUG